GUCUUCUCCUUGUCCUCUCCCUCAAAACCUUCGCCCGUACGCAGAAAAGAUUUAUUAUUUAUAUAGCGGAGAGUAGCAGAGAAAAUUAAAACAUCAGAAUCAAAAAUGGAAAAAUUUUGUUGGAUCCAGCGGCUGCCGGAGGAGUGCCUCUUGCACGUGCUGUCCGGACCUCACUCGCGACGCGUGCAGGUCGCAGCAGUCUCGCCGGCGUUCCGCUCCGCCGCCGACUCAUACGCCGUCUGGAAGCAUUUCCUGCCGUCCGAUCACGCCGACAUCGUGUCCAGAGCCGUCCAUCCAGUGAUCUACCCCUCGCUGAAAGAGCUCUACUUUAUUUUAUGCGAUUCCAUCCUCAUGGACGGAGGUAAAAAGGCUUUUUGUUUGGAGAAGGAGAGCGGAGCCAAGUGUUAUACGUUAUGUGCAAGGGAUCUGGGGAUCGCUUGGGGUGAUGAUGAGCGUUACUGGAGAUGGGUUUUUCACCCUCGCUCAAGGUUUUCUGAAGUUGCAGAGCUCCGAAAUGUUUGGUGGUUCGACAUUUGUGGCAAAAUCAACUGUAGAGAACUCUCUCCUAACAAAACCUACAAGGCGUUUUUCAUAUUCAAACUGACUCCUCAAUCAUAUGGCCUAAAAUAUCCUGCUCAACAAGCGUCAGUGAGACUCGGAUCCCAAAUCUCAGAACAAGAUGUGUGCUUAAAUCCCAGUGAAGAGGAUUUCCACGCGCACCGUGAACACAAUGUGACACUGGGAGGAGAUGAGGUGAUAGUUGGGCAGAUAGAAGAUACAGUGGAUCAUGGGACUCAGGAACAGGCUUCCGCCGCGCACAACAAUGUGUCUGAUGAGUUAAGAGUUCCAUAUGAGAGGAACGAUGGAUGGAUGGAAAUAGAGAUGGGGGAGUUCUUCAAUGAGGAUGGAGAUGAUGGAGAGGUGAGCAUGAGAUUGAGGGAAGUGAAGGUUCUAGGUUCAAAGCAUGGGCUCAUCAUUGAGGGCAUUGAGGUGAGGACUAACUGAAUGAAAAAUCACUGCAAGAGCUGGAAUUUUAUGAUGGAGUAAGAGAUGCAAUCUAGAUUUUAUUAGUUCCUGACGGUGUUUGUUGCUAAUAACCAGAAGUUUAUGCAGUUGUAAGUGUUUCUAGUAGAGCCUACCCUAUUCCUUGCACGCUUAAUUAACGUCUUUGCAUUAAAUGUCAUCACAUGUGUGUACAAUAAGAGGGGCUUGUACUCUUUUUGUAUGGGAAUGUUGUUUGUAUUAGUGUAUUUUAUUGAUUUUCC